GUGACGUUUGUUUGUAGUUGUGCGGAAAAAUAUUAAAAAAUUAAUUUUUCCGGGAAAAACUCAUUUUUGGGGCGCCAAAAGUUGGCGGGUAGCUCAGGGGGGCCCAAAGUACGUUCAGUAAAAAUUUGGUGGCGCAACUCGCCGGAUUUUUUUGGGGAAUUUGCACGACUUUUUCUGGCGCGGAUUUUGAGAGUUUUGAACCAGGGGUACCAAACGACGCGGCGUCGCCGUCUAAGCAAGAAAAACCCAAUUUUGCUGGGAAAUUCGGCGGAAAACGCGAGAAAACUGCGAAAAACUGAAUGUGGGAGGGAGACAGUAUCAGUGACGUGCACUGUCUCGUUUUCUCUUAUACAAAAUGUACCAAAAAAUAGUAGUGGUGGCUUUUGGAACUAAAUUUUUACCGCGCCAAUUUCAAAAAGUAGUCAAAAAAGCAUGAAUUUUAUAUGGUGGCGCUACGAAGGGGGGCUCUAGGGGGGAAAUGAAUGUCGUUGGUAAAAUCCGCCUGGUAUCAAGAGUCUCUGUACCAAAUUUCAGCGAAUACUUUCUUUUAUUAUUCCCAAAAAAUUGAGUGAGAUCCACAAAAACAAGUGAAAGUGCGCUGAGAUCCUGCAAAAAGUUGAGUUUCUGUGGAAUUUCCUCGGAAAAACAAGAAAUUUUCAUUUGACAUUUUGCUUUGUGUGCAAAUUCUGGUGCUCCAAAUUUUUUCUUCUGUGCAACAGACGGCACAGAUUGUGAGAGGAUAAACAAAGAAAGUCCAGUUCAGUGGAAGCGGAAGAAGGGUAAAGAAGCAGGAAAAUGCAUUCAGCGGAUGAAGAUGAGAGUCGUGUACCAAUUCUGGGGGAGGUGGAUCGUCCAGAAGGCGGGGAGGACAACGAAUUGGAUGAGGAGCUGACGGGAUGUGCAGCUUCACCGUGCUGCAAUCCCAGUCACACGUGUCACAGAUUCAUUGCCCUCAUCUUUAUGUGUCUUCUCGGAUUUGGCUCCUACUUUUGCUACGACAACCCCGGGGCACUGCAGGAUAACUUCAAGAGUGACUUGGAAAUGACAACAAGUCAAUUUGUCAUGCUGUACUCCAUCUAUUCCUGGCCAAAUGUUGUUCUCUGCUUCAUUGGUGGCUUCCUCCUAGACAGGGUCUUUGGCAUUCGCUUCGGGACAAUAAUCUACAUGUUUAUCCUCCUUGUGGGUCAACUUAUCUUCGCCAUGGGUGCCGUUCUCAAUCUCUUCUGGCUCAUGGUUGUGGGACGUUUUGUCUUUGGCAUUGGGGCGGAAUCUCUGGCUGUGGCACAGAACAACUACGCCGUGCUGUGGUUCAAGGGGAAGGAGCUGAAUAUGGUGUUUGGGCUGCAGCUGUCAUUUGCACGUCUCGGCAGCACGGUGAACUUCCUCGUGAUGGAACCCGUGUACAAGUAUGUUAAUCAAUUCUACAAGGGGCACAUGUGUGCGGGGGUGGUCCUCCUCUUGGCCUCCCUCACGUGCGUCAUGUCAAUGAUAUGCGCCCUGGCUCUGGGAUGGAUGGAUCGACGUGCACAGAGGAUUCUCAAGCGCAACGACAAUCCCACCGGGGAAAUUGCCCAAUUGUCUGAUGUAAAAACCUUCCGUGUGACCUUCUGGAUGGUCACGGUUAUCUGUGUUGCGUACUACGUGGCAAUUUUCCCCUUUAUCGCCCUCGGGAAGGUCUUUUUUAUGCGCAAAUAUGACUACACACCCGAAGAUGCCAACACCGUGAAUUCCAUUGUGUACAUUAUUUCAGCAAUUGCAAGCCCCCUCAUGGGGCUUGUUGUGGAUAAAACUGGGAAGAAUGUUCUGUGGGUAUUUGUCUCGAUUAUCGUUACAAUUUUCGCCCAUGGAAUGCUGGCAUUUACCUUCGCAAAUCCCUACAUUGGAAUGAUCGUCAUGGGACUCGCUUAUUCAAUGCUGGCCAGCAGUCUCUGGCCUCUUGUGGCACUCAUUGUGCCGGAAUAUCAAUUGGGAACAGCGUAUGGAAUCUGCCAAUCUGUUCAGAAUCUCGGUCUUGCGGUGAUUUCAAUGCUGGCCGGCAUGGUGGUGGAUCACGGUGGUUUCCUAAUGUUGGAGAUUUUCUUCAUGGGAUGGCUCAGUGUUGCCCUCAUUGCCACCAUUGUUAUCUGGCUGUAUGACAUCAAUGGCAAUGGAAUUCUCAAUUUAACGCCAGCACAGAGAGAGAAUCAUCCGGACAAUCU